ACUAACUGCCAGGGCAACUUCUACUGUGUGUACCCCAAGCAACCGAGACCACAGGGGGGGAAAUGGCCACUUAAGAAGAUAUCCAGGUACUUCACGGGAUAUCGGACGGGCCGGGAGUCCGGGGAGGACCCUGACGUGUACCGGGCCGGUGGAGGCAGCGAUCGGGAACGUUAGAGCGGAGCAGCAACAGGAGGUUGAGCUGGGCGGACAUGGCGGACGGCUCCCGGGCUGCCAGAUAAGCGGAACCGAAGAGGAGGGCAGGCGGCUGCUUUGUUUGUUGUUUGUUUUAAUGUUGCCUGGAAAAGCCGGGGGCUGCCGAGGACUGUAAGCCCCCCCCCCCCCCCCCCCCCCAGCCGACCAUUGAAGCCUCCAUGGCGUCCACCCAAGCCCGGCUAGGCCAGCAGGCCUUAGCGCUGCUUGAUGUGGCCCUGCGAGUUCCAUGUAUCUUUAUUAUCGACGCCAUUUUUAACUCGUAUUACGACCCGGGUUCGGGAUGGGCCGGGACGAUGGGCAAGGUGCUGGUCAGAGUCACGGGUGUCCUGGUCUCUGGCAUGGUGCUGCUGCUCUCCCAGAAGGCAUUGUUCAAGUUCUACACUCUGUUCUCUGCCGUUCUGCUGGGCGUGGUGGCGGUGCUCAUCAACUACUACGCCACCUCCCACAUAGACUUCUACAGCGCCUACUACAAAGCGGCGCUGGGCUUCAGAUUGAUCCCCAGAAACGGGCCGACGCUGUGGCUGGGCGUGGCGGCGGUGCAGCUGGUCUUCGGCGUGGGCUACGUGGUUCUGCUAAACCUCCAGUCUGUGUUUGCCGCGCUGGUGGUGCUGGACAUCAUGAUCCCCCUGUGGGGGCUGAUGAUUGAGCUGCCCGCCGACGUCAGGCAGCUGGUGGCCGUGUUUUCGGGCCUGGUGCUGGCGCUGCACACGGCCGUGUGUCUGGCCGCGAGGCUGAAGUGGUUCUACUACUCGUGCCGGUACGUCUACCUGCUGGUGCGGCACAUGUACAGGAUCUACGGGCUUCAGCUGCUGCUGGAGGACACCUGGAAGAGGAUCCGCUUCCCCGACGUGCUGCGGGUGUUCUGGCUGACCCGGGCCACCGCCCAGGCGCUGAUCCUGGUCUACGUGGUGCGCGCGGCGAGGAGGGAGAGCAGGGACGGCACGGGGGGCCUGGUAGACGGGAGCGGCGACUCGCAGGGCUACCUGCUGAGCUGGGACGUGUUCUGGGAUCUGACCAGCAACCUGAUCAUCUCUGGCUGUGACUCCACGCUCACCGUGCUGGGGAUGAGCGCCGUCAUCUCCUCUGUCGCACACUACCUCGGCCUCAGCAUCCUGGCCUUCAUAGGGUCGACGGAGGAGGAGGACAAGCGUCUGGGCUUCGUGGCUCCCGUUCUGUUCUUCAUCCUGGCUCUGCAGACCGGGCUCAGCAGCCUGGACCCAGAGGAGCGCCUGGUCCGCCUGAGCCGGAACAUGUGCCUUCUGCUGACUGCCAUCCUGCACUUUGUCCACGGCAUGACCGACCCCGUCCUCAUGUCCCUGAGCGCCUCCCACGUCUCCUCCGUCCGCCGCCACCUCCCCGUCCUGCUGGUGUCGAUGGCGCUCUUCGUGCUCCCAGUGGCACUCAGCUACACCCUCUGGCACAACUACGCCCUCAACACCUGGCUGUUCGCCGUCACCGCCUUCUGCGUGGAGCUCUGCCUCAAGGUGGUGGUGUCCCUCACGGUCUAUGGCCUCUUCAUGGUGGACGGCUUUUCCAACGUCCUGUGGGAGAAGCUGGACGACUACGUCUACUACGUGCGCUCCACGGGCAACAUCAUCGAGUUCCUGUUUGGCGUCAUCAUGUUCGGCAACGGCGCCUACACCAUGAUGUUCGAGUCGGGCAGCAAGAUCCGCGCAUGCAUGAUGUGCCUGCACGCCUACUUCAACAUCUACCUGCAGGCCAAGAACGGCUGGAAGACCUUCACCAACCGCCGCACGGCCGUCAAGAAGAUCAACUCCCUCCCGGAGAUGCGCGGCGACCAGCUGACGGACAUCGAGGACGUGUGCGCCAUCUGCUACCAGGAGUUUGCCACGUCGGCUCGCAUCACGCCCUGCCACCACUACUUCCACGCGCUGUGCCUGAGGAAGUGGCUCUACAUCCAGGACACGUGCCCCAUGUGCCACCAGAGGGUCUACGUGGAGGACGAGAGCAGGGACACCACCGCCUUCUCCAACAACAACAGGGGCUACGCGGCGCCGCAGGACCUCGCCGCCGCCCCCCCAGCGGACCCGGGGGACGACCGGCACGGAGAGCCGGACGCUGAGCCUGCGGGCGACGGGGAGGCGGGGGCCGGCGUCCAGGGCGCGGGGGGGGGGGCGGACGACCAGCUGCUGGAGGACAACGACAGCAUCGAGUACGACGAGGACGAGUGGGGGACUCAGAACGGCAGCUCGCCGCUAGAAGAAGACUUUAUCAACAACGACACGGACUCCACGGAGGACUAAGAAAUAAAAAGCUUCUAUUUAAGUUAAUAAUAAUAAUUCUAAAAACACAAUGCAUCUUAAUUUCCUUCUUGAAAAAUGUCAGGGAUGCUUUUUUCUUCUUGAUCUAUUUGAAUGAUUUUGAGUUUUACUCUAAAAGGGCUCGAGGAAAGUGUGUGUGUGUGUGUGCGUGUGUGUGCGUGUGUGUGCGUGUGUGUGCGUGUGUGUGUGUGUGUGCGUGUGUGUGCGUGUGUGUGCGUGUGUGUGCGUGUGUGUGUGUGUGUGUGUGUGUGUGGACAGAACCACGCAGCGAUGAAACCGGCUCGAGGUGCGAUCGGGUUCUGGGAGUUUGAGGUCGAAACGCAAAUGAUUCUUUUUUUGCUUAGUUGCUUGUUACGUUUGCUCAGAGAACCGUGAUUGGUUGACGGCGCCUGCAGCGCUCAGUGCGUUUUGACCCGAGUUCUGGACCCGCUCGAUCACCGGGUCUGGCGUAAAGUGGCUCGCUGCUGUAGUGAAAUACCUCUCACGACUUACUACUGGUCUCUUGUGUGACCUCGCUAACAUUUGUGUACGUUAUUGUACAUGUGAUUAAAAUACGAAACGAGCACAUUUCUCAAUUAGGACGUUUUUUUUCGUUCUUGCGGUUAAUUGCAAAGUUUCCAUCUUUUGCACGAAUCAGUGUUUUAGUUCCGUUGGAUUCUCGACGCGUAGAACAUGUUGGUAACUACUGACGGGAGGGAUUGUUCCUCUGAACGUCACACGGAUGCAGUAUGAACGGUGCUGAGAAGCACUACGUCCAUCGUUGGAGUGAUUAGUCCUUUAGAAGACACUCCGCCCUGAAGGCUGCUUCUCGUCCCAGGAGUCAAAAACUAGACCAGAAUGUCCUUUCCUGACGUAGUGGAUUAUGAGUCGUCCUUCUGUAGAAGAAUAAGAAGAAGCCCGUAACACACACGUGACAUGUAUUCAUGGAGGGAAGGACAGCUGGUUCUGCCGUAGAAGGCUGCUUCACUUUAACCACCGGAGACACAAAGAUCAUUUGGUCCCUUUCGGAACUAUUGUCAUCUGAUCUGUGAUCGCUCGUUUGUAUUAAAAGGCUUUUCUUUCUCCUCCUCGUGCUCCCAGUUUAGACUUAAAGCCUGAACGUCUUAAAGGGUUUGACUACAAACUCCUCUUCAUUACUGUUGUAAUUGAUGGUCGCGAGAAAAAAAAGAAAUAAGCUGCAAGGAAUCCAUGAAGUUCUUGUCGGUGAUGAGGAGAGGAGCCAGGGGGGGUUUGUCAGUGAUUGUUCUGGAAGCUUUUUUUUUUUUAAAGGAGAUCAAAGAUGUUCAGUUUUGCCUUUUGUUUUAAAAAAAAGAGAUUUCUGUAAAUAAAAUCAUCUUUGAUAUUGCAUAUGGACUUUAUCUCUGAGAGCACACAGCAUCGAUAUCGUGUUGCUGAGUCGUUCUGCUUUAAAUCAGUUACGUUCUUGUAGAAGCUGUGCAAGAAAGAGGUCAUGCAUUAAACAGCCCAAAACCAACUAAAUUGAUGACUAACAGGAAGAAAAGAUGUAUUUGGGAUUUUUGGGUGAAAUAUCCCUUUUUUAUGACCAUGUCAAGUACAACAAACGAUUUGAAGUUCGUAGUAGUUUUGAGAAGUUUGCCACAUCUUUGAUAAAGCGACACAGGUAAAGUAGAAGAUAUUUAUAUUUAUAAUGACAGGAUCGGAGAACAGUUUUGUUCAAUCACUGUGAAAGGAAGUUCUCACCUACACAAGUGUGUAAUCCAUGCCACAUUUAUCAUAUAAGGGGCCUGGAUCCCACAGUGGGAAAUCAGAAAUAUAUAUACACAUACAUACAAUAAAUC